GUAAACACAAGGUCAGCUGCUAGUUCAGCCGAGAAGGGACUUUUACCAAGGGCUGGAGUGUGUGUUUGACUGUGUGUGUUAAUGUUAGUAAGACUGUGUGUUUUGUAUAUGUGUUGGAAGGGAAGUGAGCAUUUAAAAGCUGAGGUUCUUCAUUAGACUGUCUGUCUAGACUGGUUUGCAAGUUUUUAAGAAGUGUAAUGUGUUCUUCUUGGUGUUUAGGGUGUUUGCAAAGUAGGUCUACAGUGUCAGAUUAUGAAAGGGGGUUGAUGAGACUAACUGCACAGGUGUAAGGUGUGUGUGUGUGUGUGUGUGUGUGUGUGUGUGUGUGUGUGUGUGUGUGUGUGUGUGUGUGCUGUAAGGAAAGGGCAAUACAAGAAGCAAGCUUGUGUGUUUUUGGUGUGUUUUUAAGUGUGUGUGCAUUUUUGUGAACAUUUUGAGGAUGUCUAACUCCACCACCAACUUCUACGCCCUGCCUCAGUCCUUCAGCAUCUCCGACAUCAUCGUCAUAGCAAUCUACUUUCUUCUCAACGUUGCUGUGGGCAUCUGGUCAUCAUGCAGGGUGAGCAGGAAUACUCUGAGCGGAUAUUUCUUGGCUGGACGGGACAUGGCCUGGUGGCCGAUUGGAGCGUCUCUCUUUGCCAGUUCAGAAGGCUCAGGUUUGUUUAUUGGUCUGGCUGGCACUGGAGCUGCUGGAGGCAUCGCUGUCACUGGCUUUGAAUGGAACGCCACCUAUGUGUUACUGGCUCUGGCCUGGGUAUUUGUGCCUGUCUACAUCUCCUCAGGGAUCGUGACAAUGCCGGAGUACCUGGGCCGUCGUUUCGGAGGAGAGAGGAUCAGAACCUACCUGGCUGUCCUCUCACUGCUGCUGUCCGUCUUCACAAAGAUAUCAACUGACCUGUACUCUGGAGCCUUGUUUGUUCAGGUGUGUCUGGGGUGGAACCUCUACCUGUCCACUGUCCUCAUGCUGGUGGUCACUGCUCUCUACACUAUUGCAGGUGGUCUUGCUGCUGUCAUCUACACCGACACUCUACAGACAUUUGUCAUGAUUAUAGGAGCAAUCAUCCUAACAAUCACUGCCUUCAAUAAGAUUGGCGGCUACGGCAACCUGGAGCAUGUGUACAGCAUGGCAGUGCCCAGUAAGAUCAUUCCCAACAGUACCUGCCACCUGCCACGUCAGGACGCCAUGCACCUGUUCAGAGAUGCCGUCACUGGAGACCUGCCCUGGCCCGGCAUGACUCUGGGGCUCACCAUACUGGCCACCUGGUACUGGUGCUCUGACCAGGUGAUUGUACAACGGUCCCUGUCCGCUAAGAACAUGAGUCAUGUGAAAGGUGCAUCAAUCCUGGCUGCCUAUCUGAAGAUGCUGCCCUUUAUCUUCAUCAUCCUCCCUGGGAUGAUCAGCCGAGUUCUCUAUCCAGACUCUGUAGGAUGUGUGGAUCCAGAAGAGUGUGUGCAAGUGUGUGGAGCUGAGGUGGGAUGCUCCAACAUCGCCUUUCCCAAACUGGUCAUUGAACUCAUGCCAAGCGGCUUGCGGGGACUUAUGAUAGCGGUGAUGAUGGCUGCUCUGAUGUCAUCGCUGACCUCCAUCUUUAACAGCAGCUCCACACUCUUCACCAUGGACAUCUGGAAGAAACAUCGCCCGCGGGCCUCAGAGCGAGAGCUGCUACUGGUCGGCAGGAUCGUGACUGUGAUCUUGGUGGUGGUGAGUGUGGUGUGGAUCCCCAUCCUACAGUCGGCCAAUAGUGGCCAGCUGUAUGUUUACAUCCAGUCAGUGACGAGCUACCUCGCCCCGCCCGUCACUGCUGUCUUCACUCUGGCUGUCUUCUGGACUAGGACCAACGAGCAGGGUGCGUUCUGGGGCCUGAUGGUGGGUUUGGUGGUGGGUGUGUGUAGGAUGGUGCUGGAGUUUGCCUUCCCGCCUGCCAGAUGUGGCUUUACGGACUCAGCACCUGCAGUGCUGCGCAGUGUCCACUACCUCCAUUUCGCCAUUCUGCUCUGUGGGCUAACUGCUAUCGUGAUUACUAUAGUAUCACUGCUCACACCGCCGCCCAGCCACGAACAGGUGUGUAACCUGACCUGGUGGACUCUGACUGAAGAGCCGCAAAGAGAAAUUCCUCUACAGAAAGUGUCCUCUGUCAGCCACCGUAGCUCCCAGGGAUCUGAGCCAACACGGCGGGGGACGUGUGGUCAGGGGGCAGGACUGUGUAUCUCAGCAAUGCGGCGAUCAGGGGAGACUCCAACUCCCAGAGUUCUCAGUGUUAGAGAGAGUGUGUUCUGGUCCAGGUUCUGCUGUAUAAAUGCGCUCCUGCUGAUCAGCGUUAACAUUUUUCUCUACGCAUACUUUGCCUGAGCAGAGGGUCAGAUUAACAUCCUGCCUCACCCUCCUGCUGAACGCCUGCCAAUCUCUCCAACACGAACUACAAACUCUGCCUGCCUGCCAAACAGCCACUGAUUUCUCCAGAUCCAAGAAGGUGGGGAAACAAACAGAUUUUUAUAGUGAUUUUACAUGAAUCCUUCAAAAUCAAGGGAAUGUACUGUGUUUCAAGUGAAUCAUGCAGAUGUAGCUUCAGGUGCUGUAAAAUAAUCACAUUUCAAACUAGAAAAUAGUGAGAGAGGACAUACCUCCACCAAGGCUGCACAAACCUUUAAAUGUAUUAUUGUGAUGAAAAACAUGUGGAGAAUUGUUUUAAUCUGUAUCUGGAUCCACAUUUGUAUCAAAUUACACAUAAUAAUAGAUAAUCAUGGGAUACACAUGGCAUAAUCGCAAAAGGUCACGAAAAAAUUGAAAUGUAAAAAAAAAAAUACAUCUCACAGUGUUUUGAAAUCCUGAGCAGCUCAGGGUGUGUUCAGUGUUGUCUUUUAAAAUCACUUUAUUAGACAUACAGUAUUUCUACAGAUGCUUUGAUGUUUAUCUUUUUAUUACUUCCCCACUAUAAUCUAUUGCUUUGUUCAUAAAACCUUAUCCUCCUGUUUGUUGUAACCUAGUUUUAAAGUUUUAGAAGGGUAUUGUACAAAUUACAAUGAAGCUUGUGGCUUGUAACCAUAGACUGUAUAAAACAGCUUGUAACAAGCUAACAUGAAUGUGCAGUUAGAUAAAAUAUGACAUCUAAAUAAAAGGGCAUCACACAUCAUCUUAAAUUUAAAGCUUACAAAAUAUAAAGUAAGGUUAUAUAGUGAGAAUACAUCUGUGUGGUUUAGGUUGAAUGUGAGUUGCAUAAUUCCAUUUCCUUUUGAGUCUAUAUGAUUAAUAGUAAUUACAUAGUAAUGUUUAUGGCCUUGUGUCUGUUAAGCAAGGUUUUUUGUUAUUGUUCUAGUAUCAUUUCAUGCUAUUUAGCUUGUUUUUUUAGUAUAAAUCAGAAUUUCUCAACCUUUUCUGGUCCAUGACUGUUUUAGGUCCCCAAAUUCUCAUGACUCCAGCUAAUAGAGUUUUUAAGUUGUUUUACGUUGUGGCACACAUUUGUGUUUUGUAUUCAGGAGUGCAAUGGGAGCUUUAAUAAUAAUGAGACGUUUUACAUUUAUUUUUUAGAAUUAGAAAUAUAUCAGACAAAUGACAAUUUAUCAGUACUGAAAAUUACCUCUGCAUUAACCCCAAGGUUGAGAAACUCUGUUAAUGUCUGUGUUGCUGUUCAGUUGAUUUUUUUUUUUAAUUGGUGAAAUUCAUUAAGAAGUUUUGAGAAGUACAGAUUGUUGGAUGUAAAUAAAUUAAUAUCAGUCAAAAGACAAAAUAUCCUGA